AUGACCUCAACUCACCCAGAGUCCAACAGCACUACCACAGCUGCAGUUCCCCUACCGACCAGAGAUGCCAUGGCUAGCAGUUCGGUCAACAGACCGCCACCAGUGUGGUCACUGGAAUCUAAUGGAACCUUAAGUCCACCACUUCUCGAAAAAUGCGAUAAACAUGGCCGUCAGGAUGGUGUUUGUUGCAAGGACCUCAAGGACGAAGACAAUAGAAUGCUGAUAGAUCCUGAUAUUAUCCGAGACGUCAUUAUAGGACUGUCGGAUGGCCUGACUGUUCCCUUCGCGCUGACAGCAGGUCUGUCGGGCUUAGGGACUACGAGAACAGUUGUUGUCGGGGGCCUUGCGGAACUCAUCGCCGGUGCCAUAUCGAUGGGAAUCGGUGGCUUCCUUGCGUCCCAGGCUGAGCGGGACCAUUAUCGGUUCAUGCGACGUCACACCUACUCACGGGUAAUGCGGAGUUGCGUCGGGGAAAUGGAGAGGGAGGUUCAUGCUGUUUUGAGUCCCGUCGGUGUCGAUGAAUCGACUUCUCAGGCUGUCACAAACUGCCUAAGGAGAGUGGAGGAAGAAUCUGGGUUUGAGGGGAGUAGACCCACACCUGCCGAUGAGGAGAAACCACCACGGGGGAUGAAGCACGAAGCUGGGCUAACACCAUUCUUACUGAAAUUUGGAGAGGGGAUGGAGGAAAUUCCGAAUCGCCGACUAUACAUCUCCGCUUUCACCAUCGGCAUGGGAUACCUCCUGGGCGGUAUCGUCCCGCUUCUCCCAUAUUUCUUCAUUACUCAAGUAAUUGAAGCAUUGAAAUAUUCUUGCAUACUUACUGGGAUAGUUCUUCUUAUAUUUGGUGCCUUCAAAGCUCGAGUCACGGGGGCAGCUAGGAGUGUCUGGGGAUACAUUUGGGGAGCAGUCAGUACUAUGGCUGUUGGCGGAGCUGCUGCCGCUGCCGCCUACGGGUUGGUUGCAGCAGUGGAAAGAUCGUCCAUAUGACACUAUCUCUGUUGUUUUUGGUGAUCUUAUCGUCUCUCCUAUACUGUUUGGAUGAUCCGCUAGAUUAGUGCACACUCUAUUGUUGUGGGAUUUUCAUGGAAUACCUAUAGUACAUAUUUACGGGUACUCACAUGUAUCAUAGUCAUGUA